CCAUUAGGACUGGGAGUAUAAAACUAUUGCACUAAGAGAGGGAGCUCCACAGAGCCUCUGAUCUCUUAACUCUAACACGCUCCUGCAGCUAUGGCCACAAUGCUAUGGGUCUGCCUGCUUUGUCUACAGGGUUGUCUGCUUACACAUACUCUGGACUGCAUGGGCAGAAGUGUGGACUGUGCCGGCACACAGGUUACAGAAGUCAAGGUUGAAGAAGAGCCCUACUCUUCUCUGGUGAGGAUGCGAAGACAAGCUCAACUCACUCAACGGCCUGGAUCUUACUCAGUCAAAGGAUCUCCAAACACACUCAUCCAGACAGAUAGGUCGAGGCGACAUUUGAAUGCCAGUAGGAAGAAGCCCAACAGGUCUCGUAUCGGCUCUUACUCACUUCUUGCCCACAACCACGCAACUAACCCACUACAGGUUGUAAGUGUGCAUAGACAGUUCGAGGAUGUUACCCAUCCAAAAGUGGCUGCAUUAAAGUCUGUGAAGAAGAGGUCCAGAAGAAGUGCACCCAAGAGAAAGAAGAAUGUGAGGAAUAAUACAUGCUCAUGAGAUGUUCUUUGAAGCACCAGACCCACACUUACUUCUGCUGGACUUCCUGAUGACUUUCUAACUCAUUCAAAUCUGAGAUAUGUACUUAAAGAGGGUAGACUCUGUUGUGCAGAUCAUGUUAUUGCUAAUUAAUGACAGGAUUUGGACGGUCCCAGAACUCAGAAUUAAACAGCACACACAAAUACUUAAAUAUGAACAUAUAUGCAGCAUACUAAGCUUCAAAACCUGCAUAAUACUCAUUUAAAAGAAAGUUUAUAGUUUAAUUAUAUUUUGAUAAUAGGAUUUGGAACAAUGUUGUACUAAGUUAUAUAAGUCUACUGUACACUGCUUGAACUGAUACAAUAUAUCUAAAUCUAGCUAUCUAUCUAUCUUUUGUAGAUUCCUGUUUAAAUAACCUUUCUUCAAUGUGGAUGGUUUGAACUACUUCACAUAAAACCGAUUAUUUCAAACGUCAAA